AUGGAACCAGAUCGCAUCGGUCCAGAUACGACUGUGAAGGCACCUCUCGGUGACAGGAUCAAGCAGAGAGGGCAGAGGAUAGUACGAGCCGUCACAACCCGCGAUGGCCUCAUUGGCGACUACGACUAUGCCUUCCUCUUCAAGCCGCGCCUGCCGUUCAUGAAGAAGCCGAAGCAAGCAGCGCCCUUCUUUGGCCUGAACGACAAGAUGCCAGUCUUCCUUGCCCUUCUGCUGGGAUUUCAGCAUGCUCUUGCUAUGUUGGCUGGUCUAAUCACUCCUCCCAUCAUUCUCGCUGGCUCCGGCGGCGCCAACCUCACUGGCACACAGUCUCGGUACCUUGUUUCUGCUUCACUCAUCUACUGCGGCAUCGGCUCUGCGGUCCAGAUCACCCGCUUCCACAUCUACAAAACGCCCUACUUCAUUGGCACUGGCCUCAUUUCCGUCGUCGGUACAUCUUUUGCGACUAUACCCGUUGCCACCGGCGCGCUUGCUCAGAUGUACGCCUCCGGGUAUUGCCCAUCAAACGCUGAUGGCACGAAGCUACCAUGCCCGCGUGGCUACGGCGCCAUUCUCGGUACAGCGGCCGUCUGCUCGCUACUUGAGAUUGCCCUGUCAUUCGCUCCCGCGAAGGUACUGAAGCGUGUCUUCCCACCACUUGUCACUGGGCCAACAGUCAUGCUGAUCGGCGUGAAGCUGAUCGCAUCCGGCUUUCAGAACUGGGCUGGUGGCUCUGGAACCUGUGCGUCACGCCCAACUACCGGCAACUUCCAACUUUGCCCGUCCAACACUGCACCGAUGGCCGCUCCGUGGGGAUCAGCACAAUUCAUUGGCCUUGGUUUCUGCGUCUUCCUGACCAUCAUCCUCACCGAACGCUACGGCUCACCCAUCAUGAAGUCCUGCGCUGUCGUCGUCGGCCUCCUGGUCGGCUGCAUCGUCGCAGCAGCGUGUGGCUACUUCUCGGACACCGGUAUCACCGCAGCUCCCGUUGCCAACUUCCUCUGGGUUGAGACCUUCCCUCUGUCCGUUUACGGGCCGAUGGUGUUACCAUUCUUAGCAGUAUACCUCGUCCUCAUGAUGGAAGCCAUUGGUGACAUUACCGCCACUUGCGAUGUGUCACGUCUGGAAGUCGAGGGCAAGACCUUCAACUCCCGCAUCCAGGGCGGUGUCCUCGCCGACGGCCUCAAUGGCAUGUUUGCCUGCCUCGCGACCAUCACUCCCGUUUCCACAUUCGCGCAGAAUAACGGUGUCAUCGCUUUGACGCGCUGCGCCAAUCGCAAGGCAGGAUACUGCUGCUGUCUCUUCCUGAUCAUCAUGGGCGUCUUCGCUAAGUUCGCGGCUGCUCUGGUUGCGAUCCCGUCGCCUGUGCUUGGUGGCAUGACAACAUUCCUGUUCUCCGCUGUCGCAGUAUCGGGUAUUCGCAUCAUCUCGACCAUUCCUUUCACGCGCCGCAAUCGCUUCAUCCUGACUGCAGCCCUUGCUGUCGGUUACGGCGCUACGUUGGUUCCUACCUGGUUCAACUACGUCUUCACCUACGAUGGCGGAAACAGGGCGCUCAUUGGCUUCAUGAACGCCAUCACCCUCGUCAUGGAGACCGGCUUUGCCGUCACUGCCUUCCUGGCACUCUUCCUCAACCUCUUCAUUCCAGAGGAGGUCGAUGACGAAGUCGUUGACGUCAACGGCCUUCCUGCUGACACGGUGCCUAAUCCUACUGCUGUGGCAGGUGGAAGCGCUAUUGCGGACAAGGGUCACACUACGGCGGAGACUUCGUCCAGCCGGAGCGAUAGCGUGGAUAAGAUUGAUGCGGCCGGAAAAGAGAGAUCUGCUUGA